CGCACCGAAGUCUCCUCCCCUCCUGAACUUUCGGAAACUGUGUGGAGCUAGCGGAGCUCGGCAACAGGUAUCUGUUUUGCCCGGCGUUAACGAACGUGAAAAUAAAUCGUACUCGUUGCUAAUUUUAACUAAAAGAUUGGGUAUUAAAUAUGCUUUGAGCCAUGGAUCGAGAAAGCAACUUCUGUUGUUUGCCCAGCAGAAAUGCUGAACAAGGGGCCGUGUCACAACUCAGAUACCGCAUUUUACCUCAAUUGCCCUAUCACACUACAUAUCCAUAAGAUGCACAACGUGUAGGUUAACUAUUGGCUGUGUCAGUAACAACCAUGUAGAAUUACCAUAACACAACUAUAUCAUGAACAAGAAGAGAUGAAACAAGCAUCAAAGCAACAGCAUGAGAUGGCUGAAACAAACACAAACAAGUCUGUGAAGCAAAGCCAAGAUAACGUAAGCUCUGUUACAACAGAACCAAAGACUUCUUUCUUAAUGACAAAAACUACUUAAACCAGACUCAGUCAUAAGGAUGAAACAAAAUAAAAUGGUGAACGCAACGCUACCAACAUAUUUCUUUAGUUUUGUACUUUCAGAUAUGGUUGGGAGUAGCAGCUUAGAAAAAUGUCUGACGCUUCUGUAUUUUAUAGUCAGGAAAGGAAAAUUGAGCCCCCAAUGUACCAAAGAUGGGCACAAGUAACAAGUAAGGCAAUUAGGAAGAACAAUGUUCAAUCACCCAUUAAAGCCUGUCGGAAUGAAUCAGGUGAACUUCCUCACAAAGUAAAAGGAGUUUUCUUCAACUUCAACAAGGGUUAUAACAAGUUGCCAAUGAUGAAAAGGAUUCAUCUGUGGCAAAGAAGUUGCCCUCUGAGGAGACUAUACUAUUUCUUGGUGUGGAAGCUAUUAAAUCCUCUAGUGAUUUUGUCAGAGUCCAGCAUGAGUCUACAGAAGCUUGUGAGCCACAUUUCCAAUACAAUGUUUAACUUCUCUUAUGUUUUUUUGAUAUAAUUUUAUCCUCAAUCUUUUGGUUGGUAUGGAUAAAAUUAUUUUUCUCAUAAAUAUGUUAUGGUUUUGAGCUAGGUGACUGGAUAAAGCUGGGACCAAAAUUAGGAUUGGCCUGGCUUUUCUGCUAAUCUAGGUGUAGCCACUAGAAACUUUGGUUCAAAGUAGAAAAACAACAAAACUCAGGGGCUCAACCAUAUUUCUUUUUUUUUAAAUUGUGCAUGUGUUUCAGGAGAUGUUUAAUUUUGAUUUGGUGUUAUGAUUUUCUUCAUUUGUUUCUUUCUUGUCCUUGUUUUAUUAGUUUGUGAGGGGGAAGCUAGAAUGCUUGGGGCCACCUGUGGUUUGCUGGACACUUGCUCAUUACACUGUGAAACACACCAUUUUAGCAUUGUCCCUCCACCCUCACCAGUUAUGAAAACAAAAACAAUGAGAAGGAAACAAUGAAAAGAUAUCAAACACCAAAUCAAAAUGAAACGCAUCCUUGAAAAGAGAGCUCAGCUCAAAAAAUAA